AUGACAGGAAAAAAAUAACAACCUGUUAAGGGUUUUAAUGUUAAAGGUAUGAUUUUGGCUUUAAAAGGUUUCGGUUUAAGUCAUGGACUAGUUAUGAGAACAAUGGAAAAAUUAGGAUUGCCUAUCUCAUAUAAUUUGAUUACUGAAACUAUGACCAACUGGAAAAAUGAUUAGUUAGUUGGAAACUUGGAUUUAAAAAAAUACCUUGAUUUAAUGGAAUUGAGAAGAACUGAUCCUGACGCAUAUUAUAAAAAGCUCAAUACUUACAAAAGAGAUAAAUUAGAAACUCGAAAUUCUAAAUGGAAAAAUAAGGUUUUUAGUCUAUAAAAUGUUUUAAGUACAAGCAAACUUUCAUCAUCAAGCAAUAAUUAGAAUUCCUAAUUACUCAGCAAGAAGUAAAAAAGCAUGCAAAGUAUCUCUCCUCAUAAACUUAGACAUGAAAAUCACCAAUAAAAACAAUUUAAUUCAAAUAUUGUCAGCAUCUCUUAGAAAAAAAUGAGUUUUGAACGUGAUUCAGAUUUUGAAGAUCUCCAAUCAGAAUCAGGAGAAGAUGAUUUUCGUGUUUUUGACUAAAAAUAUAUUAAAAAAUCUGAUUUUGGCAAAUUAGAUAAAAAUCACUCUAAAAUAAUGCAUGGUUCAUCAACAAAAAUUAUUCCUAAAUUGAAAAUUAUAAGUAAGAGGCCAAAUAAAUUUUAAUGA